AUGGACGAAAAUGAUGAUGAAUUUGAUUCUUUUCAAAGUGGUUUCCAUACUGAGACCAAGAGUUCCACCACCAAUCCAAUCGGUGUCAAACAGGCGUCACAGUGUCCACCACCAGCUAUGGAUAUGCUGUCAUCAUCACCACCUGAUUUCGAUGGCCCUCCACCUCUGACUACUAAUGAAUACGGUGAUGAGGAUGAUUUUGCCUUUCCUAGUGUAUUAAGUGGAGCCCAGUUUGAUUUUCAAAAGCCUCAAGGUGAGAGAGAUGUCAACAGCCAUACCGAUCAAACUGAGUUGCGAUCCGAUCAAGAGAAUCGAACGGAGAAAGGAGCAAAAUCCAAUACCCACAAUGUGGAGAACAAAGAUGUCAAGAGUGAAACACAUCUUCCUCCAUCCUUGCCUGACAGUAAUACUACUGCUGGCGAUGAUUUUGUGGCUUUUCCAUCGUUCUCCAACGAUGAUAGUAAGCAGCAAAUCAAUGCUCCUCCAUUCUCGACAGAGAGUAAUACUGCUGGCGAUGGUUUUACUGCUUUCGCAUCAUUCUCCAACGAUACCACCAACCAAAGCGAAAGUAAUUGGUUCGCAGCUGAUUUCAGCAAUCCUUCCACUAGUAGCAAAGCAAAUGAUUAUGAGAGGGAGGAUGAUGAAGAUUUGCAGUGGGGAGCUACUUUUCCCAGUAGCUCGAAACCUGAAACGCAAAAGGAUAACAAUAGUAACUUUGACCAGUUUUCAAUGCUGUCUUCACCAACAACGGCUAAAGAGGAUACUAAAGUGGCAGAAAGUAAAAGUGACUCCCCACCAUAUAUACAUACACCACCGCCAUUAGAUGAUUUGACGGAUAGGCAAGAUUCACUGGAUAUUGGGCCUACUACGUUAACUGAUUUUGAAAGUGAUUAUCCUGAUACAGCAUUUGCAUCUCCUAAUUAUAAGCCGUCAAAUCUUUUUCCAUCGGUGCAAGAGCAAAGUGAUAUCAUGACACAAAGCAAAGAAAAUACAGACACCAUUGGCCAAAUCAAUGAUAGCGUCAUCGAUACCAAUGCUGCAACUGAAACCUUGAAUUAUCCUUUUGCAAGCUCUGAAUCUGGUACUAAUGAUGGUGCUAGCUUGAAGACUGUCAACCUGGACUCAGAUCAGAAGAGUAAUGCGACUGUUGAAGAAAAGACAAAGAAGAUCAAUGUCAAUGCUACUGAUACUGCUUCGACUAACAGUGGAUUUCAAGCUAAUUUUACUCAGCAAGCAGUCACUGAAAGACACGGCGAUGAAGAUGAUUUAUUUCAUCCUAGAUUGGAUAGGCAAGAUAACGAGAACACUCUUACCGAAAAUCGCAUCCCGGAUAAUUCCACACUUGAUUCACAAAAUUCUAUCAAUCAACUAAAUACCAACAAGAAUCUAGAUCAGUCAAAUAAAUUGAAAGCUGGUGUAAUUCCAUUGGAGUCCAAGGAAUCAAAUGCUACUGAAAAACAAGCUGAAGAUAGUGUUGAUCACUUCGGUGACUUUAAUUUAGUACAGCAACCAACUGUUUCUAAAAAAUCAGAAUUAGCUUUGAUAGAUAAAACUGACGAUAAUUCUGGUCAUUUUGGAGAUUUUAAAUCGAUGGAACAAAACACGACUGUAACUACUGCGUCAAGUAAUGCUGAUGAUUUUACUAACUUUGGAGAUUUCAAGUCGACAGACCAAAACACUCCUCUAACUACUACAUCAAAUGAUACGGAUGACUUUGCUAAUUUUGGUGAUUUAAAGUCGACAGACCAAAACACUGCUGUAACUACUACAUCAAAUAAUACUGAUGACUUUGCUAGCUUUGGAAAUUUGAAGUCAACGGAACGAAACACUACUGUAUCAAGUAAUACUGACGACUUUGCUAACUUUGGAGAUUUCAAGUCGAUGGAACAAAACGUUACUGUAACUACUACCUCAAGUAAUACCGAUGACUUUGCUAAUUUUGGAGAUUUCAAGUCACCGCAGCAAAAUACCACUGCAGUUGAUACAUCAAGUAAUACUGAUGAUUCUGCUAAUUUUGGAGAUUCCAAGUUGACGCAACAAAAUACGGCUGUAGCCGAUACGCCAAGUUUCAGUUCGACAGAACAAAAUACUACUGAAAUAGCUACAUCAAAGAAUGCCGAUGAUUAUGCCAAUUUUAGAAAUUUCAAGUCGGUGCAACAAAAUAAUAGCAAUAAAGUUGAUAACUUAGAAUCAGCAAAAAGUGCUAAUAUACCAGCAACAAAUGAUUUUGGCGAAGACGGCUUUGGGGACUUUAAAUCUUUACACCCUUCGACUACCACUGUUGAAGAUAAUUCUUCAUCAGCGGGACAUACUAAUGACGAUGACGAUUUUGGUGAUUUUGAAACUCCACAAAAUAACAACACUAUUAAUGAAAAGCCAAACACCUUAUCUGCAGAUGAUGACUUUGGUGACUUUGAAACGCCACAAAAUUACACAUUGGAUGAAAAACCAAAAGUCUUGCCUAAAGAUGACGACUUUGGUGACUUUGAAACGCCACAAAAUUACACAUUGGAUGAAAAACCAAAAGUCAACCCUAACGAUGACGACUUUGGCGAAUUUGGAGAAUUUAAAUCGCCCGGUAGUACUAAGAAUAUUCAAGACAAAAGCUUGCACAAAAGCAACUUUAGCAAUGUCUCAACAGCAAAAGCUCCUGGUAUACCGAAAUUACCCCAACAUUCUAAUAGUAAUUUAUCGAUGAAGGCUCCUGCAUAUAUCACUUCUACACUUAUCCAAGAGACUGUUAAUCAAACGUUCCAAACAAAAAAUAAUAAAAUUGUAAAUGGUUCAAAUUUUCAAUUAUUAGAAAAAGAGUUGUAUAAUCGCAAUCGCUGCAACAAAAUGUGGAAAACUAUCAUCGAAACGGAGCAAGAUUAUACUUUUGUAUGGACGGAUUCCUGCAAUCAAAAGAGUCUUUUGAAUUCUGUCGGAGUCGAUCUAAAAGCCUUGACCAUUAAGAUGGACCCAAACAAACAAGCUGGCAUGCAAGACAAUUUUGGUAAUGCCUUUGGGGAGCUGGAUGACUUUCUGGGAGGAGCAAUGUCGUCGCCUGGGAUUGGAAAACCCACGCCGUCCAGCACUAUGAUCAAGUCUAAUCCGUCGACUACAGUUUUUGACUUCCUUAAUAUCACUGAAAGCUCCUCAGAGAGUGUUAAUACCAAACGCGAAGAGUCUAAAGAAAAUAAAUAUAUGGAUAUAUUUUCACUGACAAUGGAAGACUCCGUAGGUGAUAAAGGUCUUUACGAAAAAGAUCUAUUAAAUUUAGGUAUUUCUCCUCUUCAAACUCCGGUCAAAGAAAAGAAAGAGCAAAGCAAUGCUGCGCAUUUUAUCGCAUUUGUUCGCAAUAGUAGUACGGAGAGUAAUGAGAAUUUAAGUGAUGAGGCAAAAUCUAUACUUGCAAAACUACCUGAUUUAUCUUUUAUGCUAAGUAAAACUAUCGCUUUCCCGUCACUACCUACUACUGGAUGAGCGUGGUAGUACUGAAAAAAAUAACAAUUAAAAGAAGAUACAACUGGAUGGUCUAGGCUGCUAUUGAAUGAAUGAUAUACUGCUUGCUGCUUUAGCUAUUGAUAGUUAAAAUUAUCAAUUUUAUAGUAUAUGAAUGCAGCUAUAGUAAAUGCGGAUUAAUUAUUAGUAACUUGAUGAAAAUAAUAUUGUAAUUAUUGACCCAAUUGAUAAAAACACAUCUUUUACGACGUAUUACUUAAUGUACGACAUGUAUUUGUAAAUACUGAAUAUUUGCUGCAAUUUGAUUGCAUAGUAAAAGUUUUUCAACUGUUUAAAUAUAGAUACUAAAUUUCAUGAUUGUAAAUAAUUUUAUUCACAAUAUUGAUAAAUUUUGUGUUUAGUUAAUAGUCCUACAAAUUUAAUGUCUUUGUCACUCGCCACUGCCGUAAAGAGUAAAAUAUGUACACGAUGCAGCUUUAUGAAUAUACUUUUCUAUGCAUUGUAAAGCUUGGGCAUUUUCUAAAAAUUUAUACGCUGUCUUCUUUACUGCGACUCAGGCUAUUUAAAUAAUGUAAAUAUUCAACUAAGAAAAGAGUCGACUAUAGAGCGAUACUCGCACCUUUAUAGGACGUUUUUGUACAAUUACGUGCUGGAAUAAUAAGUUCAUACAGUAAAUAAAGUCAAUUACUGU